CUGUGAAGCGGAGGAGGAGGAAGAGCCACUUUUUCCGUCUCCCAGUGCAGAGAUCGGAAAUAUCUGGAUUGAGGGCACCAACCCUUAACGAAGCGUUUAUUUCUCUUCGGCGAAGACGACAUUGAUCUCCUCUAAGCAACGAAAGUGACGAUGGGUGCGAUUUGAUCGUGGGAUCAAGAAAUUCCGGAGAAGGGAAAUCGAGUGGCGAGAGUGAACGAGAAAUGUGAUUGAGAGCGAAAAUUUGUUGGAGUGAGGAAAGGGAGGAAUGGAAACACGAGCAGAAUCGGGCGCUUGGGGAAAGAAACGAAGGGACGAGUUGCAAGGGGCUGAUUUAGGGCUAGAGAGAGCGAAAAUCCACGACGCUUGGGAUGCCUCCGAAGUCGAAGCGAGAGGAGACGAGAGAGCAUGGGAAGGAAGCGAGGAUUUGGAAGCGCAAUGGCGACCGACACCUCGCACAACUGAUCGCUUUGAAUCUCUUUCUUUCGCUGCUGCUGCUUCGAUUUUUCGUGCUCCUCCCCUGGCUGCACGGCCGCAGGGCCGCACGCACGGCCGCCCGCCCGCCCACAAAGCGGAAUUGUUCAGCUGUCUGAUAACUUUCUCAUACUUCUUAGUCGAUCCAUCGCACAAUUCCGCCAGAUGCCUGAGUCCACGGUCGCCGUCGUUCCAAUCGUGUGGGAAAAGUACAUUUUUCCUCUGUCCCGAGCUUGUUGGGCAUAAAGGAAUUGGCUGAAAGUCUAUGCACUGUGCUCAUUUCGUCCUAGCUGUCCGUCUUAUCUUCGAGUAAAUGCCGGAGCCGGAGCCAGAACGAACUUUGAAGUAUUGUGCAUGCGUGCGUGGAUCUAGUUAUGUUUUGCGAUUUCAUUUGUGUCGACGAAAUACGCGGAGCGUGAAGCUUCCAGGAUUGUAGCUACCAAUCGACCAUUCGAGCUGACUCGAGGACGAUCAUCCCUCCGAAUUGCGUCUCCCUGUGAUGAAUUCGGAAAUUCGAGUAAUGUUCUGAACGAGCUCCAUGGUCAGAACAGGUGGCUGGCUGGGUGGACAUUAGAAGCUACCGUGCAUGGAAGCAUGGGAAAAUGGGUAAACGUGGAAAUUGUUCAGCGGAUCAGCAGAUCACUCAAAAGCAAGUGGAUUAUGACAGCACAGGAGCAUCACAUGCCAACACUGCAGAGCUGCCAGGACAUCGAUCGGGCCCUAGUCAGAGUCAUACACGGAUAUCGUAAGGCACUGUAUGGAUUGGUUUGAAUCUGGUGUCCAAGUUUUGAUGUUGUGCCUCUAAGAUGGAAGGAUAUUCAUGAGCAUGAGUUAUUCAGCUCGUGAGUCGAACGUGAGAAAAUGGCGAAGACUGUCGCUGUCCAGAUAGUGUAGUGCAAGCACGAUGUGGUCGACACACAAACCCCCAGGUUCGAGGGGCUCGACGUCACAAGCUGGUCCCUCGGGCACUCGGAAGUGGAUUCGUCAAAGUAUCCGCAAGCCUGAGAAUGAAGACCUGCCCAGUUCGUCUACAAGCCCUGUGAGAGGCCUCCGGAACAUCAAUUCGGUUCCUCACGAAGGCUUGGGACUCAACAAUCUCAGAAGCUUAAAUCAUGGUCACAAGAAUCUCAAACAUGAGCACAAUCGUUCCGCUCCUUUGUUCACCGCUCCAUCGAAAGAUCUGGACGCUAAAAUCAAGCAGGUGCAGUUUCCUGUUCCAGAACACUGGAACAAGAAGAGUUUUACCUCCAGCAGGACCAAGAAGACAAGUUUUGCCGACAUCGCCGAGAACCAGAAGCCUUCAGCCGAAGAGGUACAGGCCGAGGAGGCUCCAGUGGCAGAAGCGAAGAUUCCCGAAGACCAUGUGCGAUCCAGAGCUGGAUUUUUGACCGAGGAGAGGGGGAUUGGAACGGCCAGAGGAGCAUCACCAAUACACAAGAAGAGGUACGAGGAAGAGGAUGCAGCCUUCAAAGAGGAUGACGACAGCUCCAGUAAUGACAUCCCAGCUUUUAUGCUUCUCAAAACGGUGACAUUGAAAAAUCCUGUACGUGGUGACAAAGAGCUUCAACGUAAACAGUCAACAAUUGGAGUAAGGCUCCAACAGAGGUCCAAGGCGUUACGCCUCUGGCAUGAGGAAGGGCAAGAUAUUGAUUCAGGAGAAGGACCUGCAGUUGAGAUAUAUAAUCAGAACCAUAUCAAGUCAGCUCCAUCUUCUCAGCAAGUGUCGUCUGAUCUUGAACUUGGAAACCCCAUAACAAGCUUCAUAAGGGUUCCUGUGUCUCCUGGACUUCGUCUGCCCGAGAGAGUCAGGGCGGAGGAUCAAAAAACAAAUCUCCUUAAAGGUGGCCAUGGUGUUGAGAACACGCUUGCUGAUCUGCAAAUGCGAGCGGAGUCUCUGCGGCGAACAAAAGAUCCAGCUAAGUACAAAGAGGAGGCCAAAGCUGUGCUUGCAAUGGGAAUUAUCUACGACAAUAGGAUGGAGUUUGCAAAAGCAAGGGAGCACUAUGAAAGGUUUUUGGAGCUAUGUACCUUGCUCGAAGAACCCGAAGGAGAAGCUGUCGCCUAUAAUUUUCUGGGCUGUAACAUUCAAGAGAGUCAAGACUUGAAGCUGGCUUGCCAGAGAGAUCAGAUCGUUCUUGUUUCAGGAUCGGUCAUGGUCAAUACGGAAGCCGCAAUUGAGUACGAGAAAGCAGCAAGCUAUCACUUGAAGCAUGCCGAGUUGGCCGAUGUUGAGGGUAAAUUCAUAGCUUACACCAAUUUGGGGUUACUCUAUGCUACCCUCGGUAAAUGGGCAGAUGCUGCGAAAACUCAUAAGAAAGCACUGAAGUGUGCCACCUUUUUGGACAGUCCACAAGAACAGUGUAUUGCAGUAGGGAAUCUUGGAUUUUUGUUAUUUCGCCGGAAAAAGACCCUUGCGGCUAAAGCGUGUCUGACAAGAUACCUCCAAAUCUGUCGGUUGCUCGGUGACAUUCAAGGUCAAGCUAGGGCACAUUACACACUUGGGAAUAUCGCUUCUCAAAUGAAAAAAUACGAAGAGGCAGAAAAGGAGUUCAAAGCUGCAAUGAAGACUUCGAGGGUUUACGGAGACAAGCAAAUUGAGACCUUCUCGAAGGUGCAGAUUGGAAUCGUAAGAGGAAACCAGGAGAUUUCAAAACGGAAGGCUUCUUUUGAAGAGUAUAACCCAGAUAUAAGCAUGUUCCUGCCCACUGAAGCAGCGUGAAGUCUGUCACUUUCAUCUGUCCCUCUUAAAAGGAGAACAGUGGGCAGACUAGUAGCAAGGCCUGAUCCUUGUCUACUUUCAUGUCAUCUUUACAUUCAAUUGCCUGACAACUCUACCUGCGGAUGUCUCCUGUACACUAGGUUACUUUGUGUCAAGCUUACUACAAAGAACGUGGAGCUGACUUGUUUGCACAUUCUUUAUCAUUGCAAGUUUUGGAAUAGGAAUUUUCAUCAACAGUAGUGAAUUUUAAGGUCUUAUGGACACGAGAAGAUAUUAGAUCUUUCAUGUGCAUAAGGUAGUAUAUGAAUAUGAAAUUCCUAUGAAUUAAUAUCUGUAAAUUGUAAUUUUUUCGUUCGAAAAAGUUGCGC